UCUCCGAUCAGAGGUCGCGGCUGCUCGGCUUGUCUCGUGUGAGCAGCAGCGGCUCAGUAACGUGUUAGCCGGUAACCGGGUCACAUCGGAGCACCGUUUCUGACUUUCACUGCCGACUUUAGAGCUAAGACGCCGGAGGAGCGGAGGGCCGGAGCUGUCACCUCACCGGCCCGGUGUUUUAACGGACUCUCCGGUGUUUGGAGCCUCUCGGUGCUCGGAGUUACCGACCGGAGCGGAUCAGAAGCAGCUCAACAUGGCGUCUCACUGAUGCUAGGAGUUCAGAGCUGAAGGAGCAAAAGUGGAUUAAAAGAGCUAGCAUUAGCAUUAGCUGGGACCCUCAGACCGAUGGGGGAGACGGAGGACGAACGGGCGGCUCAGGCCGACCAGCUGUUCGACACCUUCGUCCAGGCCUCCACCUGUAAGGGAACCCUGCAGGCCUUCAGCAUCCUCUGCAGGCAGCUGGACCUGGACCCUCUGGACCACAGCAGCUUCUACACCUCGCUCAAAGCCGCCGUCAGCACCUGGAAGGUCAAACCUCUGUGGACCAAACUGGACAAACGGGCCCAGCAGAAGGUCUACAACCACAACAGAGUCUGCCAAGGAACCCGGUGUCUGAUCAUCGGUGGAGGUCCCUGUGGUCUCCGGACUGCCAUCGAGCUCUCUCUGCUGGGCUGUAAGGUGGUGGUGAUCGAGAAGAGGGACACGUUCUCCAGGAACAACGUCCUCCACCUGUGGCCCUUCACCAUCCACGACCUCCGGGGCCUCGGGGCCAAGAAGUUCUACGGGAAGUUCUGCGCCGGAUCCAUCGACCACAUCAGUAUCCGUCAGCUUCAGCUGAUGCUGCUGAAGAUCAGUCUGAUCCUGGGAGUGGAGAUUCACGUCAACGUGGAGUUCGUUAAACUUCUGGAGCCUCCAGAGCAGCAGGACGAGGACAGUCCGGGGUGGAGAGCAGAGGUCCGACCUUCCUCUCAUCCCGUCUCUGAGUUUGACUUUGACGUGGUGAUCGGAGCCGACGGACGUAAAAACACGUUAGACGGUUUCAGGAGGAAGGAGUUCAGAGGGAAACUGGCCAUUGCCAUCACGGCUAACUUCGUGAACAGGAACACGACGGCCGAGGCCAGAGUGGAGGAGAUCAGCGGCGUGGCGUUCAUCUUCAACCAGAAGUUCUUCCUGGAGCUGAAGGAGGAAACAGGAAUCGACCUGGAGAACAUCGUUUACUACAGAGACAACACUCACUACUUUGUGAUGACGGCCAAGAAGCAGAGUCUGCUGGACAAAGGAGUCAUUCUGAAAGACUACAUUGAAACCGAGCGCUUGCUGAGCCCCGACAACGUCAACCAGGAGGCGCUGCAGUCUUACGCCCGCGAGGCCGCCGACUUCGGUACGAACUACCAGCUGCCGUCGCUGGACUACGCCAUCAACCACUACGGCCAGCCGGACGUCGCCAUGUUCGACUUCACCUGCAUGUAUGCCUCCGAGAACGCCGCCCUGAUCCGGGAAAAGCACGGACACCAGCUGCUGGUCGCUCUGGUGGGAGACAGUCUGCUGGAGCCCUUCUGGCCGAUGGGAACCGGCUGUGCUCGAGGUUUUCUGGCUGCUUUCGACUCUGCUUGGAUGGUGAGAGGUUGGGCUCAAGGAAGGAGUCCUCUGGAGAUCCUGGCCGAGAGGGAGAGUAUUUACCGUCUGCUGCCUCAGACCACCACAGGGAACAUCAGUAAGAACUUUGAGCAGUACUCCAUCGAUCCUGCUACCCGCUACCCCAACCUGAGCUCCGGCUGUGUGCGACCACAUCAGGUUCGUCAUCUGUUCAUCAACGGUCAGCAGGACUUAAGUCUGGUGGAAAGAGGAGGACCGACUCGUAGAUCCGUCAACCUGUCCAGGAGAGAGUCCGAGGUCCGGCCGGGUCGACUGCUGACCUGGUGUCAGAACCAAACCCACGGCUACAGAGGAGUGGAUGUUACCAACCUGACGUCCUCCUGGAGGAACGGACUCGCCCUCUGUGCUCUGAUCCACCGCCAGAGACCAGAACUCAUUGACUUUGACUCUCUGAACGAGGAGGAUGUGGCAGGAAGCAACCAGCUGGCGUUUGACGUGGCCGAGCGAGAGUUCGGCAUCCAGCCGGUGACGACGGGGAAAGAAAUGGCCGCCAAGGCCGAACCGGACAAACUGCUGAUGGUUCUUUACCUGUCCAAGUUCUACGAGGCGUUCAGGGACUCACCGGCAAACAACAAUGUUUCAAGAGAAACAGACGAAAACGGAGAAGAAAAUAAAAGCAGCCACAGAGUGAUGAGCCAGCAGAGGAAGAGGAUCCCCAGGGACGACAAGAAACCAGAAGAAGAUUCUGUGAGCAAGAGACGACGGAAAGGAAACAGCUACCUCACAGAGUUGUCCUGCCACAGUGUGCCUCCUGCUGGUGAGGACGGGGAACUGCGGGAGAACAAAGUUCGCUCGAUGGCGACUCAGCUGUUGGCCAAGUUUGAGGAGAAUUCAUCGACGGGGAAAAUCAGCAAGAAGCCUGAUGAGGAUCUUUCCUUUCCUCCGUCUCCUUCCUCCUCCCCCGUUCUCCUCCCCUCUGAUGAUGAUGAUGAUGAUGAUGAUGAUGAUGAUGAUGAUGAUGAAGAGGAGGAGGAGAACCCUCGUUUUGCGAAGCCUAAACUCGUCACUGCUCCUCCUCCUCCUCAGCCUCCUGCUCGGCCCAGGUGGCAGCCAUCCAUCUACCUGCAGCUCCUGGAGAAUCCCACUUCUGUGCUCCAACAAACCGCUUCCUUCCCGUUAUCUAAAAGCUCUGAGAGCAGCUCCAGUCGAUCCCCAUCUCCUUCCAAAUACCUGUUAGCCCCGCCCACAACCCUGUUAGCCCCGCCUACUUCACACAAUGAGCUCCCAGAAUGCACGUCUCCUGACCCCCCAGCCGCUCCGAGCGUCGAUCCGUCCUCCGAUCAGAGAAAACUCCACAAAGUGUCGUCCAGAGAGUUUUCCAGACGGAGCAUCAAAGAGCGAGCCGACCUCCUGUCCUCCAUGUUCACCGGGUCCAACAAACCUGCUGCUGUUUGCGGCUCGCAGGUGGAACCUUCUACCUCCUGUCCUCCUUUUUCAUCACCUCCUCCUCGUUCUUCAUCCCCUCCUCCUCCUCCUCUGUCAGUGUCUAAGAGCUCCAGUAUCUUCUCUGUGGUCCAUCCAGUUCCUGAUCCCACCAUCCAGGCUGGUUUCUCCUCUGUUCCCCUCUACAGUCCUGGACAAAAGGAAAAGACUUCCUCCUCUGCUCCUUCAUCUCACACUGACUCUGAAAACACCAAACAAAUUUCCUCUGUUCAUGUCGAUUCCUCUACAUCCGACAACAAAACAGCUGCUUGUCUUUCUUUGCCUCGCGUAGACGAGAACCAGAACAUCUCCUCUCGGUUAUCGGACACAAACAUCACCUCGUCUUCUCUAGAUGAAAACACCAGGAAACAUCAAAGUUCACAAAACAAUCAGGAAGAUGAGCAGGAGGCGGUCUGUAAAGCUGCUCAGGAGACAUUUGAUGAUAAGAAAUUAGCUGAAAACAAUCACAAGAAGAGCCCAAAGCUCGAGAUCUCCAGAAGAAACGCUCCAAAGUCGGUUGUUCGCUCUGAGAGUUGUCCGACUGGAGCUCCUAGUUACAGUAAAGAGCGUACGAUUGGAAAGGUAUCGUCAGCCAUAGAUGCUAAAGCUCAGUUACUGGCCAUCCUCUAUGAGACCGACCACCGGCCCAAUGCAGCACCGUGCGUGGUACGUAAGGAGUUCCCUCCUGGCCUCGGCGGCAGCGACAUCUGCCACUUCUGCACCAAGCGGGUUUACGUGAUGGAGAGACUCAGCGCCGAGGGCUACUUCUUCCACCGCGAAUGUUUCCGAUGCGACAUCUGUAACUGCACCCUUCGACUGGGAGGACACACCUUCGACUCUCAGGAGGCAAAAUUCUACUGCAAGAUGCAUUAUGCCCAGCGCCAAUCCAGCAAUCACCACAGCAGAUUCAGAAGGAGAGCGGAGGACCAAAGUCGUGCUGCAGUGUCGUCGUUGGACAGCGGGAGCUUCUCAGCUGCCGGCAGCAUCCAGAUCGAGCCUUCAGUCUGUUACAAGUUUCCAAUGCUGCACCCUCUGAUUGGCUGAUUCCUGCCAGCGGGGAAGGUGACGAUUGGCCAGCUUCGGCCAUAAGGUCUUGUUGCUUUUGCAAUAGCUUCCUUUGUAGCUCCGCCCCCUUUUCAGUUUAACCUAAAAUUAACCAUUCACAAACCAGCAUGAGUUGGUGAAGGUGUUAUGUGUGACGCUAUGAUACUUUAAAGACCAAACAAAUAUUAAAGCCGGCUUAAACUGCAGUAAAUACAUAAGAGAAUUAAGCUAACGACUUGACACCACCAGUGAUGGUAAAGUAAUUUAAUGAAAAGACCAAAACCUAUGAUAUUUCCAUAUCAUUUAAUUGGAUGAUUCAUCCAAAGCUUUGGAUAAUUUUGAUCCAAACUGAUCCUCAAUAUUAGGUAGGUGGUCAAGAUCCUUGUUGUAAAGAUCCAUCGGCCAUUGUUUGACUCACAUGCUGGAAAAGUUGGCAAUAAUCAGUUUUCUCUGUAUGCAUGUCAGUAAAUGUAGAUCAGCUGUAGUUCCUGGUUGUUCCACCAGGUGGAGCCUCUGACUGUUUAAUACUGUAGAGACCAUAGGAGGUUAAAGCAGAGAGCACUGUGGGAGUUUAGCAGCAGUGGGCACCAUGACAAAAACUUCUGUGGUGGUUAAUGAGAUCCAAACAGCGGUCAUACAUUUGAGACGAACUUGGAUUGAUUAGGACACUUGAUGAGAGCUGAUGCAGGCGUAACUUGGACAACAGGCAGUUCAUAUUGGCAAAGUUUUUUUUUUAUUUUUAAAGAGAUAGAGCUCCAUAGGCGUUAGAGAGGUCCUACUAGCAAGGAGCACCAUGACACAGACUUACAUGUUGCUUAAUGGCCUCCAAACAUAGGUCAUACAUUUGAGAUAAACUAGGAUUGACCAGGACAGUAUCAUAUAUCUCAGUGACUUUCCACUGUGUUCAAUUUGAUCGAUAUUGAUAAAUGACGCUGUAAAGAAAACUGUUCAUAAUUUGCAGCUGUAACAUCCAGCCACAAAUUGUGUUCUCCCUUUGACAUGUGUUUUGGUGGAUGGAGAUGUCACUCAAACAACAAGCAGUUCAUGUUGGCAAACUGAGAGCAUUGUGGGAGUUUAGCAGCAACGGGGCACCAUGGCGAAGACUUCUGUGGUGAUUAAUGACAUCAGGCAAGAACUCGUGUUGGAAACACCCUACAAUCAACAAAGACAGUGUUAUUGACACCUGUGGCAGACACUUGGACUACAUGUGGUACAUGUUGCUAAGUAGAAAGCAUUGUGGGGCUUUAGCUAGCAACAAGUCACCAUGACAAAGACUUCUGAGAUGGUUAAUGGUCUCUGAGAGUCAUGCAUAUGAGAUGAAACUGGGACUGACCAGAACCGUAUUUUUAUACAGUGUGACCGAAACGAUGUGUCCUUUGACCGAAAUAGCAACAUCAGCACAUGAAAACUGUCCAUGGUGCUCUGUUUCAUCGAAAUAAAUCAAUAAUGCUGCAGAGGAAACUACUGAAAAUUUGCACCUCUAAUGUCGUUCUGCUGUUGUCAGCAGGCCGAGGUGUUCACUCGAAUUACAGGCAGUUCAUGUUUGCAAACUGAGAGCAUUGUGGGAGUUUUGCUAGCAACGUGCACCGUGACAAAGACUUCUGUGACAGUUAAUGUCGUCCUCCAGAGCUUUUACAUUUGAGACAAAUUGGGAUUGACCUGGACAGCAUCUUAUAUCUCAAUGCUGUAUGCAGCAUAGCUAACUUUGUGGCCUAAAUCGUGUAACUGUUCAGAAAAGAACGAUCAGCACAUGAUGUAUGUCCAUGGCAUCCAAUUUGAUUGGUACCAAUUGAUAACACCGUCAAGAAAAUUACUCAUAAUUUACAGCUCUGUCAUCCAGCUCCCUUAUUGACACCUGUGGCAGACACUCGGACUACAUGUGGUUCAUGUUGCUGAGUAGAAAGCAUUGUGAGGGUUUAGCUAGCAAUGGGACACCAUGACAAAGACCAAUGUCCAGAGAUGUUGCCUUUUACAAAAAGCAUCUCACCUAGACUCUUCCUUUCUGGAACCUUUCUGGUCAAGAAUUGGGCUUAUGUUACUGGAAUACGUGACGUUAACUCCAGACGUUUCUAAAAAACAAACGUGCUGUAAGACGGAGAAAAAUUGCCUCGUUGGACACGGAACAAAUUCAGUUGUCCGAAGAAAAACUGCACACAUAGCACCUUUUAUAGUAGUUCUCUUAGUUUGCCGUCAUGCUAACCCUCCUAACACUCAUGUUUUGCUGUGCUUGUCCUUAACCUCCUUAACACCAAACAUCCAUCUGAAUGCCCCUGGAUUUAUUCUGUUUCUGAAGAGCAGCCUGUCCUCUACGUAGGCCGGUUUAUCGGUAACGUAUUUGUCCACAUGUCUGUUUCAGAAGGAUGCCUCCCUCCUUCAGAGCCCCUCUCCAGAUCUCUGUCAUGUAGCUCCUAGUCUUUGCUCAGGACAUCAGCGGCUUAGUCGCAGCUUUUUGCACAUCGCCAGAUUCACUCUGUCGGCUGUACUGUCCAUGUUUUGUAGCUGUGUUUGGAUCAAGUCCAAACACAGCCUGCCAGCCUUGUUAUCUGUCCAGAAUUACUGUAACAUUGCUUAAUUUAUGAUAUUUAUAAGCUGUAAAUAUAUUCGAAAAUAAAUCAGUUUGAUUACAUAAA